AGAGACUGAGGCAAGCAACAGGGUUCAGCCUGAGCCUGGCCCACAGACUGGCCUGCUCUCCGCAGGUCCUCCAUGCCCCAGGCUGGCCUCAUCACAUGUGGCCAAUCUCUCGCUCUGUCCCAAGGCCUGUCAUACCCGGGAGCCUUGUGGACAGAGGGCCAUAUGAGAGAUGGGGGCCAAAUGAAUAGUUCAGACCCCAGCCUCCCUCUCCCUUCCAUACACAGAGCCAUAGAGUGUCACAGCUGGAAAGCACCUAAAAGACAGUAUCAUCUAAUAUUUUAUUAAAAAUAUUAGAAAUGUGAGGCUCAGAGAGGGAGAGGAUGUAUGGAGGCCACACAGCCAGUUGGCGGUAGAGCUUAGACUAGACCCAAACCAAAUCAAUUUAUUAAGCUGGUCACCACAAGGAAUACAAAAUGAGCAGGACAUCCUUUUCGAUCUCCAGGAACCCUUGGUGAACAAGACAAAUGUGUACUAAAUGCUACGAUCCAGAGCAGAAGGUGGUCAUUGCCAUCAGAGCAGUUAAAGUGCUAUCAGGUCUCUGAGGAUAGAGGAAUAGUUUAAUUCUAACAAGGAAACAGCUAGAGGAGAUAACAUAAGAAAGGCCUUGAAGAAUGGGAAGCAUUUUGGUAAAGAUGGGUGAACAUGCAAGGCAAAGGCAAUAUGAAGAGAAGCAGGUAUGACAAUGUGGAGCUGGACUCAGCAUGUGAUCCUGGCCCUAGUGUACCUCCUUCCCAGGCCACUCCCAGAUUCUGCCCUUCCCUCCCUACACAUGCAGCUGAAAUGCGGCCCUUUAAGAGGAGAGUGGAAUGUUGGGACCCAAAAUGUCUGAGAUUCUAGGCACAGAGAACUGAGGGCUAGAUUCCAGAGCUGAGGUGGCCAUGAGGAGGUACUGAGGGCUAGAUUCCAGAGCUGAGGUUGUCAUGAGGAGGUUUAAGGCCACUACCCAAAGAAAGAGUGAGAAACACCACGUCAGAGACAAAGGGAGACGGCUGGGAGAGAAACAGAAAGACUGGGAGAGAUGGGGGAAGAGAAAAGGCCGAGACCCUGCCAAAUCCCGGAGACAAACGGACGCUCAGAGCAUGUCUCAUGUGGAGGAAGCAGCCCGGCGGCUGUCCAAAAGUGGGAGGAGCCUCUAUGCAGUGCUGGAGCUCAAGAAGGGUGCGUCACCUGAGGACGUCAAAAAGGCGUACAGGUCACUGGCCUUGAAGUAUCACCCAGACAAGAAUCCAGGGAACCCUCAAGCAGCAGAAAUAUUCAAGGAGAUCAACCAAGCCCAUGCCAUACUGGGUGACCCUAAGAAGCGGAAAAUCUAUGACCAGCAUGGCUCAUUGGGAAUAUAUCUGUAUGAUCACUAUGGCGAAGAAGGCGUCAGAUACUAUUUUACUCUGAAUAGUUGUUGGUUCAAGACACUUGUCAUCCUGUGUGUACUGCUCACUGGCUGCUGUUUCUGUUGUUGCUGCUGUUUUUGCUGUGGAACACUUAAACCACCUUCUGAGGAUGCUCAUAUGAGGAAAUAUGAACAGAACGUCCAGAGAGAGCCUCCAAGGCCAGGAGCCAAAAGUCACUUUAGAAACACUGACUAUGACGAAGAUGAUUAAGAGCUGAAGAAGAGUGAGGUGCUAACCCAGUGAGGGUACCUUCUGCUGCCCAGUCCACUGGACACAUUGAAGAGAGAAGCAAGUAGCCCUGUCCUGACAUUGACCCUAAUCUAACCCCUUUUCUUAUAAGAAUCCCAACUUCAGAAGCAUUGAUGACAUCUGUCCCAGUAAGGACAUCAUCUCUGCCUGUGGUGGUACCACUGACCCUGGCCAUACGCAGCCACCUAGCUACUCUUGUUUUUUGUCCUGGUCCCAGUUUUAAUCUGUCAGAGAGCAGCUGUCCCAUCCUUACCCUUUUGUGGUCUCAGCCAGUGGUGGCAGACUUUUCCUGAGGAUUCUUUGUCCUGUGCCUGCCUUGUUAUUUGAGCCAAAGUCAGCUGGCAGAGCCCCUGAACCCCUUGUACUAUCUCUGCCAAGAUCCUGAUAACUGGACAGGGUGGAUCCUGUCUACAGGUCCAUGGAGCUGCUGCACCAGUUAACUCUCUUUUGUUGCAACUCUGUGUUACCAGCAACCCCUGGCAUCAGCUCGUUCCUAAACCAAUAUACCUUUCUGGGGCUAGUCUCACCUUCUCCUGUACCCAUGGCCUUUGGCCUUGCCAUCCUCAUUCCAUGCCACUAUGAGUUGACUCAGGAAAAAUCUGAAUGCAUUUGAGGCUUAAAGGUAGUCCCAUCUUUGGGUUUUCCGUGGACUUCAGCUACUAGCACAACGUGAAUGAGCCUUGGUCCUGUGGGUUAACUGAAGUUCACACAUGAGUGCCUGCCACCCUCCAUCCUUUUUACCACAUUGUAUGCAGGCUGAUCACCAUAUAGCUUGUUCUUAAAAACAGUGGCAUGAAAUGUGAUAGGGAAAAGAUUGUACUUGCAGACUCUUUCCCUGUUCUUGCCUCUUCAUGCUGCCUGUUUGGUAUCCUUUCUGCAUUUAUUUUCCAUCCACCCAGGGGUCAGAGCUUAGUAACUCCCUGAACUUCUCUCUGCGGACUGGGAAAAGGACUAAAGAAUUUCAGUAAAUAAAAGAGCUUUUGUCUAAUCCCAGUGCA